UUCCAGGAUGGCACUGGCAAACUGGUGCCAAGGCACCGUUUCGCAGAUCUGCAGGCCACGAAUAUUCGGGUCUCAACCGCUGCAAAUGAUCAGCGUCUUCCGAGGCGAAGUGCACCACGGCUUGACCUCUCCCUAAGAUCGGCUAGACCGUUGCAAAGCUUCACUGUGUCUGGUCGACGACGGGAGAGGAUCAAGGGGCAAGGAGAAGCAACUUGGAACUGAAGAGCAAGACAACACAAGGCAUGGAGAGAACAAGGCAGGUGGUCAACCAUAACUCGGGAGCUUUGGGCGGGAUGCACGGUGAAUGGGGGCGACGGGGUACACCAAGCAGUGUGGGGACCCCUGGCCCGCCGUCCCGUCAUCGGCUGGAAAUACGCUUGCAUUCCACCCUUUUUCACCUCCCGUCUUGGUUCCAUGGUCCGUCCGUCCGUCAUUUUAUCUUUGGUAUGUCAUCAGGUCGUGAUAACCAGCAAGGCCGGGCUGUGGCGGGAAGAUUUCGGGAUUCCAGUCAGGGCAGGGGUAAAUCCAAAUACGCUCUCGAACGGCUUACUUGGGGGCUUCCUCUUCCAUCGUCGCCGAGUUACCUAUCCUGGGCUCUUGCCCAAUCUCCCCGACUCCUGCACCCGCUCCUGCCCAAUAUGCCUCUCCUGACUCGCAAAAUCGCUCGCACCUUCCCUACCUACCUGCUGAGAGCAGGGGAAAAUCCAUGGAAUCCCACUGGAUGGGCUUCUGUUGACGGCGUAUCCCGCUGCAACCCUCAACCUUCACUUUCUCAUUGGGGGCAAGCUGAAGCCGUUUGUGAGAUGGAAACCUGUGGGAAAAAAUGUCUGGCGGCAAUCCAUUCCUUCCUGGGGUUUCCGGCAUGGCUGGAACCCGCAUAUCACAGUUUACAAUCCCGAGACGAUCCUAUGAACGUAACCUUAUCGAUUUCCUCGCCCAACGAACAGGACGCCUCACUCAGGCUUCGAAAGGCUGCCGCGACUGCAGAACUUCCCGCCAUACACAGUAGUACGGAUAGCUGCAAGCACCACCCAGCCGCUUGUUGGAAGGGCGUGGUGGGCUGGCACACCGAGGGCCCUCUGCUGAUUGGGAACCUGACCUGGAAGCCAAGCGAGGGCUCAGCCUCAUCGGUCUAUGCCGUUUUAACAGCAGCGUCGUCAUGCUACACUAAGGGAUACGGGUCAGUCCGAGAUCCAUGCAGCGACCUAACCUGCCUGAGCCAAGCGCAGCAGAGGCUCAGAGGGCUCCCGAGCUUUCGCACGGCAGCCUCAGAUCUCAUGUCUUUCUACACCCAAUAAUAAGUGAAGCGUCUUCCCCCAAAACGCGCGACCGGAGCCUUCGCCGUAGCAGCGAUAUUCGCUAUGAGGAAAGGCCACGGGUACGAUAUGGCGACGGCGCCAUGUCCGUUCGCAGAGGCCAACUCCGACACCGGCACCACCAUCAUAUCCGUGACCAACCCUCCCGUCUGCAGGCACGGCACGUAGCGUUUUGUGGGGAUUGCCUAGCUAGACGCUGCAGAGUGACCAUAGGCUGCGAGGCAGCCCGCCCGGGAAAUCCCCUACUGAAGAGGCCUCGUAUGUACGAAUAUAUACAGUACAUGUGUAU